UGGACGGGGGGGGGGGGCGUGGUUGCGGCUGCGCGGGGCGGCCCUUUGCGCGGCUGCCGCAGGCCGGCCGGCUGGCUCGGUGGGAGCGGGCAGGAUGGCUGGCGUCGCCCUGUAUCUGGUCUCUACGCUGGGCGGCUACCUCCUCACCUCGGCGCUGCUGCUCAAAUGCCCGGGACUGCUGCACCGGCCCAAGCGGCAGCGCUUCCGCUGCCGGCACAUCUCCCACCGCGGCGGUGCUGGAGAGAACCUGGAAAACACAAUGGCAGCUUUUUGCCAUGCAGUUAAUGUGGGGACAGAUAUGUUGGAGCUAGACUGUCAUCUGACGAAAGACGAACAAGUAGUGGUAUCGCAUGACGAGAAUCUGAAGAGAGCAACUGGAAUUGACGUCAGUAUAUCUGACCUCAAGUACUCGGAACUCCCACCAUAUCUCUGCAAAUUGGAUGUCACCUUUCAGAAAGAAUGCCAUUGUGAGGGUGAAGACAAUCGCAUUCCACUGCUGAAGGAGGUGUUUGAGGCAUUUCCAAAUACUCCAGUCAACAUUGACAUCAAAGUGAACAACAAUGUGCUGAUUAAAAAGGUUUCAGAGUUGGUGAGCCAGUACAAACGAGAACAUUUGACAGUGUGGGGCAAUGUCAAUUAUGAGAUUGUGGAGAAGUGUCAUAAAGAGAACGCUGAUAUUCCUAUCCUUUUCUGUUUGAAACGUGUCCUGCUUCUUGUUGGCUUGUUUUACACUGGUCUGCUGCCAUUCAUUCCCAUCAGGGAGGAAUUCUUAGAAAUUCCUAUGCCCUCAAUCAUCCUGAAGCUGAAAGAACCAGAGAAGAUGACGAGAAGCCAAAAAUUUGUUAUCUGGCUUGCUGAUGUAUUGUUAAUGAGGAAAGCGUUGUUUGAUCACCUCACUGCUCGAGGCAUUCAGGUAAUCUGCAUUGAGGAAAAGAAACUAGCACACAAGAAAAGUAAGAAGUUGGAUCUGUGGAUAUCUGGACAGAUUACCCUGCAAAGUGUAGUCAGUAAAGCAACAGUGAAGUGGGAAAGAUUAUCCUCAGAAUCUCCUUUGCUGAUAUCAUCCUUUCAAGGAAGCCAAGGGCGAGCAUACCUCUUCAAUUCAGUAGUUAAUGUGGGUUGCGGCCCCGCAGAGGAGCGGGUGUUACUAACAGGAUUACACGCAGUUGCAGACAUUUAUUGUGAAAACUGCAAAACCACACUGGGCUGGAAAUAUGAACACGCUUUUGAGAGCAGCCAGAAGUAUAAAGAAGGCAAAUACAUCAUCGAACUAGCUCACAUGAUCAAGGAUAAUGGCUGGGAUUGAAAGGGAAGAGCCCAGCCAAACCAGCGUGUAAGAGAAUGCCAUCCAACAGAACAUUAUAUCCAAGAGUGAGAGAGUGACCGAACGCUUGGUUCCAUGCAUUUAGAGGCUCUGCCAUUUGGGAGCAUCUUCACACCCUUCUCCAUCUUUAUUGGUGACUGGCCUCUAAAUUUCUGUCUCUCCGUCUCUUUGCUUUUUAUCUGUUUGUGAAUUGACCCUGGCUGCUUCUCUCUGUGUUCUGGCGUUGGCUAAGAGAAUGCACCAAAUGCCUGACAGCAUUCCAUGUUUAUGAAUGUGAAAGUACAAACUGAAGUUGGCUCUUCAUUGGCAUUUUAUCAGAGGGUCUCAGUGCGGGAGGGAGACCAGAGUUUUGGGCAGGAGGAGAGAAGAAGGGGACGGGGGCAGGAGGGGAAGUAAGCAGGAACGAAACUGCUUUUCCUUUAAGUCCUGGUAACCAAGGUUUGAAACUAUGGACAGAAAUAUACCUCAUGACUGCAUUCUCUCUGAAUCUCGAACCUGCUGUUCCAGAGGCAGAGCUCCAGAUUAAGCUGGCUGAGCACAAGUUGUAACCAAAAGCCCCUUGCUAGCUAAUUCCUGAAACUGAUGUGCAAUUCCAUCUUUUGAUAGGUUGUUUCAUACUAUUCACACAGUCGCCUUUUGUGAACUUAUUGUUGUGGAGCUUGAUGGCUAGAGAGAUUCCCCAAGCUCUCUCCUUUUGCUUCUCCCUCCUCCUGUUUCAUAGCAGAUGGGCAAACCGUCCCAUCAGAGCAUGACUACAACCUCAGCACUGCUAGGGAAACAAAAUUCUGAUCCUGGGCAACUGAGAGAGGAGGAGUCGAAUCAUGUAAUGUAGUGGGGCUGGUGCUGCAGUUUAGAAGAUAUGACAGACAUGCAAGAACAUGGGCAUGUGCUAGGAAAAUAUGUAGGGGGAGAGGGCUGUAGGCAAACUCAGAAACAUAUGAUGCCACCUUAAUUUUCCAGUCCUUACUGUGUGCCGUUAGGGCGAAUCUGUUUACCAUUGGCAAUGUUAUAGCUUGGGAUCCAGUCAUCUUAAUAUGUAAUGGGAAAAUGGCUUUAAUAGGCGCUCUAAAAUUUCAGACUCCAGCCAUCAGCUCCACUCUUUGAAUCCAUCAGAGAUGUGAUGGAACAGUAAAUGGCUCUGGUGGCUGUUAAUAUCGUGUUUCACAGGUGGCUAUUUCAAGCCCUGAUGUAUCCCUCCCAACCUCGACUCCUGGCGUUUUAAAAAACCUGUUUCGUACUCUGGAAGACUGAAACUUAGCAUCCCCCAAAUGGGGUAGCCUCGGAGUUGUAGGGGGAGAAGAGGUUUUGACAUCUAACUGCAGCGGACAAAUCCUACUUUAAUUUAUGUAAAUUAAUUUUUAUGGACCAUCUUUAUGUUGUUGGUGUGGGAGAGGGGGAGAAUGUGUAUGAAAGAAGAUAGUAUACACAUAAAUGACAGUGCAAAGCUUCCUCUACAACAGUCCAGUCAGUAUCUGGUGCAGAACACAAGACUAUUUAACUGAAUUAGUAUUAUCCAUCAAGUGAAUUAUUUUUGUUUGUGGAAUUCUUUCGAAGUAGGUUAAUUCUCGGGGGGAAAUCCCUCUCAAUCCAAGGAGUGAAAAAUGAUGUGCAGGGGUUCGUAGCUCCUUAUGAAAUUGAACCUUCUGAUGAUUAGAACCUAAUGCCGCCUUUUUUUCCAAUAUUCAGGUUAGCAGAGUUGAAAGGAUUUCAAAAUCACAUUUGCUGUUAAGUGGGGAGGUGUCGGGGGGAAUGCAGAGAGAGAGAGACUAGUUAGAAGUGGGAUUAGACUUCUAUGUUCAGUACCAGUGAUUAAAACCUGAAUAGCUCAUGUGAAAAGUGGGAGUUUUCUCUCCUGCUCACUAGAUGAGUGUGGGGUCCAUGGCAUCACUGGUAACAUUUGGUUAUUACCCAGAAAUAGGUGACAAGAUGGAGACUGAGUGUUACCUCUGGAAGGGAUGUACCGAAUGCCUUCUUUGGCCAUUGUGUUAGGAGGUGGCUUCUGCCUUCACCCUAUCUGAGGUGAAUAACAAGACCACUUCAUCUUUGACUUCUGGUAGACUCUACUUCCAUCAUCCUCAUUCCCCUCCAUCACCUCUACCUUCAACAAAAAGAAUUCCUCAGUACCCAUUAGCUUGUUGACUCUGGGAUUGGCCUUCUCUUCAUUGCCCUUUCCACUCAAUGUUUUGUUGGUUUUGGCCAGUAAGGAGUUAUUUGCUUUCUUUGAAAAGCUCUUAUCUUUCCUUGAAAACAGCCUUUAAAGGGAUCUGAUCUGAAAUGGGAGAAAUAAGGGAUAACCCACAAUAGCUUGUGUGCAGAUGGGAUACAGAGCCAUACCUAGACUCUGCUAAUCUUCCCUGAAUAAGUAUAAUUUUAUGCACUACAAUGAUCGCCAAUAAAAAGCCAACAUGCUUCUAAUAAUCCCCCAGUAUUCAGUCUCAAAUACUGCAGCGUUACCCCUGUACAUUGUAAUUUUUUGCACCAUUAGUGUAGGAUACGCUGUACCUCUUAAAAAUAAGAGCACAGAAUAGUGUCAGAUGCAACCGUUUUUAUUCUUUGUGUACUAAGAACAAGAAGUAAUAUCUCAGAUGGCAAUACGCAGUAACAAUUUACAUAAAUUGCAUUUUUGAUGGCGACCACUGUAAAUUUGAAUAUUUGUGGCCAGAUCCUCAGUUAAUGUAAAUUGGCUUAGUUUCCUUGACUUCCGUGGUGCUACACCGGUUUAAAUCAGUUGAGGAUCUGGGCCCACGUGCACACGCAGGCACACACUUGACUGUAGGUUAAUUUUUAUACACUGUACAAAGAGAUAAGUUCUCCCUCAUGUGUCAGCUAAACCUAAAGUGCUUCUUAUGAUGUAAGGUCCACUGUUAACUCAUCUGUGACCUGCUGUAUUAAGACAUAUGAUAGUAUUGGGAGUUGAAAACAAAACAGAGUGAUUAAAUUUAUAGGCUAUAACAAUCAGGGCAUUCUCAGUUGAUUCGUUGCAAAAUAAUAGAUUCAGAACAUCGCCAAAGAACCACACCACUUGCAUGUCAUUGGUCGAGUCAGUUAACGGUAGCCAGUUAGUUACAUCGAAGGAUGGGCAAGGCAUGCCCUUCAUUUCCAACGUGGAGCUGCAGUACAGAGAGUGAGCGUGUCCCAGCAUCCAAUGUCCAGAUCACAGUGGAGCACUGCAUACUGGGAUUUGUAGUCUCCAUGAGUGGCAGCCUCAGCAAAAAUGAAAACUGCAAGUUUUGCUCCAUUUUCUGCCCCCCUAGCAUCCCCCUCUUUAGUUUCUAGCAAGCUGCCACCAAGGCCCUUUGGUAAUGCAAAUUCUGGGCACCCCUGAGUUUACAUCACAGCCAGUGUACCCCAAAGCUAAACUUUGGUAGGUUUUAAAUGUUUUGCUCAGGCGGAUUAUCUUGUGUGGAAUCGUGACCCUGUAAUAAAUAUUCAGAUGAUAAUAUAUACAGAACAUAAUAAGAAUUAUCUUGUGAAAUAUACUUUUGUAAAUAAUAUUUAAUUUUUUAAAAAAAUAAUAUAUUUGGUGCUGUUUUCUCAGAACCCACCCCUGAGAGCACUUUUUUUGUUUUGUUUUUAAAUUAUACUGUUUCCUCUGUCUUAGUUGGAAAAUAUGCUUAAAGGGAAACAACAAUCAUAAAUAGCUGUUUUCUUAAGUUGCUACACUUUUCACCUGGACAAGGCAGAAAAAGGACGAAUAACCUCUAGUUCCAUCCGGCAGAAAUUACCUCCUAUACAAGCCAUUGUCAGGUUACAAACAGGCCCCCAAUUCAGGAAGGUGCUGAAGCAUGUGUGUAACUUUAGGCACAUCUGAAUGCACAUGUGUUUAAAGGUAUUCACAUGCUUCAGUACCUUCCUCAGUCAGUGCCUGAGGCCCCUGACUUGCAAUUGGAUCCACAUGGGAAGACCUUAAUUCCUACAUGGAGUCUCUUUAAUGUCAGUGGGGCUCCGUGUAAGUGCAUAGAUCUGCCUAAGUCGAUCUGAUUGCAGGAUCUGGCCUGAAAUAUUCUUUUGCACCAGUAUUGGUUAGAAUGAAAUAAAUAAUGAAGAUUUAGAAUGUGGAAGUGAAUUUAAGUUGCAAUCUCAGAAUCUUUAUUUCCCAUUGCUUGGGGCAGUAGGGGGCAGGGGACGGAGAAUUCUAACUAAUCAGGAAUUCUAAUUUGCUUUGCAAAUAUUUUUGGAUGUGGAUCCUGGUUUUAAUUUUGUUUUUAAUAUAAAUAAACCAGGCUGCUACAUAGUGAAUUCAAGUAAAAGUUUACAUCUCUGGCAGUAAAGUUAUUUCCCCUCUCCUCUUUGUCUUUUUUCCUUCCCCACUCCCCCUUAAUUUUUAUUUCAUUGGUCUUCUUGUUUAUCUCAAAGUGGACCAACAGCACAAAUCAUUAGACUGCGUUUUGUUGAGUAAGGAGCUAUUUGCCGUGCUGAGUAACUGUUGCACACACUUUUUUUUUCUCUUUUUGGUGCACACAUUUUAAAGGCAACAAAACCUGCACAUGGACUCUGUGGUUCUUGUGAGGAUCAGCAAAGAAUUUUCUUUUUAUGCAUUUUCCUAAUUGAUACAUGAGUGUAUUAAUCAUGCAUUUCGUUUCUAUAUGAACCAGUUCUUGGACAAGCAUCCUGUUGGAUAAACAGAUUUGAAAUGCAGAGCUCAGCUAAGUAGUAAGAGCUUUCCUUGCCAGAUGAGAGGCCUGAGAAAUGGAACGUUCAGAAACAAAAAUGUUACGCAUUGAUUUGGAAGAAUCUUGUUUUAAAAGAACAAACAGGAAGGGAAAAUAAAAUCACACUUAAUAUAAAACCAAAAAAAUUGACAUUUAAAUGCAAGCAGAAUGAUGUUGUGUAAGGUACGAUCACAAAUAAGCUAUUCUCGUAGUUACAAACUGUACCCAUCCUUUGUUUUGUUUUUCAUAAAGAAAUGGGAAUGCUUUCCCACUGACAAAAUGAAGAGACGAUAUUUCCAAUACCAGCCUGUCUAUUGAUGCUCUUGUGUUUACAAACUGUGUAUACUUUUAUUUCUUUGUUUUGAUUUAACUAUAUUUUUGGCAUAUUCUUUCAGGUCAUAUUGCUUCGGUAAUAAAUGCAAUUGUUUGUUUUUAGAUAAUUUGUAUUCACCUCUUUGUGUCUUUGUACAUUGUACAUAGUUCUUCAGUAUUAGAGAGAGGCAUACUGUUUGUCAGAUUUACAAUAUGUGUUGGUGCUCA